CAUUGGCUGGUACAAACUGUGAAUUGAAUUAGAAAGCUUUCCUUUGACCUUCUGUAAAUGGAUACAGAUGUAAAUGUCACAUUUUGUUGGCUCGCCGUUUCUAGUUCUUUCAGAUUUACUAGAGAAUCUGGUGGAGAGCUAACAAAUUCGUGUUACUCAUUUUGAUUCCUGAUCCAAAGGUAGAGCUCGAAGUGAACAUCAAAAAUAAUGGGGGAACGCUUCGAUUGUCAUUAUUGCAAGGAGUCCCUCCUUGGCAAGAAAUAUAUCUUGCGAGACAACAACCAGUAUUGUGUCAAAUGCUAUGAGAAUCUGUAUUCUAAUAUGUGUGAAGAUUGCAAGGCACUCAUUGCCAGUGACUCCAAGGAUUUAUCCUAUAAGGAUCUGCACUGGCACGAAAAAUGUUUCAAUUGUGCUAAAUGUAGCCGUUCUCUGGUUGAAAAACCUUUUGCUGUCAAGGAUGAAAAUCUGUUGUGUACUGAGUGCUAUUCUAAUGAGUACUCCUCAAAAUGCUUCACCUGCAAAAAAACCAUCAUGCCUGGAUCUCGUAAGAUGGAAUAUAGGGGAAACAGUUGGCAUGAAACUUGUUUCACUUGCAAACGCUGCCGGCAGCCAAUGGGAACCAAGGCUUUUAUCCCCAAGGAAAAUGAUAGUUACUGUGUCCCAUGCUACGAGAAGCAGUUUGCUCAGCACUGCUCAUCCUGCAAGAAGGCAAUCACUACCGGAGGGGUGACUUACCAUGAUCAACCAUGGCACAAGGAAUGCUUUCUGUGUACUGGAUGCAAAGUGCAACUGGCUGGUCAGCGUUUCACCUCCAGGGAUGAUUUCCCAUAUUGCCUGGAUUGUUUCAGCAAUCUCUAUGCUAAAAAGUGUACAGCCUGUGGCAAAGCAAUCGCUGGUCUUGGAGGCUCAAAGUAUAUCUCCUUUGAAGAUCGCCAGUGGCACAAUGACUGCUUCAACUGCAAAAAAUGUGCCAUCUCAUUGGUUGGUCGGGGAUUCCUCACAAAACGAGAUGAUGUCCUCUGCCCUGAAUGCGGUCGAGAUAUUUAAACUGGGAAAUCAAAUCAAACCUGGAUUUGGGAAUAAAUGGUCCCACAUUUAUGUAAACUGUAAACAUAUAUGUAACAUUCAGCAAAGAAUAAGUAUAGUCAACUGUAUCAGGUAUUCAUACACAACGGCCCAGAUUUUGCAGUCAGCAGCAAAGCAAUGACGGUCACCACUGACCUCGAAGAAAGCUAUCCACAAAGAUCUAGUGACCUCUGUGGCACAGGUUCCCCCUUUCCCUUUACUUAAUAGCAUGACAGCAAGUCAAGGCCGUAUCUUGGCAUACAGCAGCAAUGAUGCCAACAAACAGGUAAGCAACCAAUCACAUCGAAGUAUUCACACACUUCAAACUAGGGAAUUAGAAGUACUUAAUAUCCUUCACUAUCAAUUUAACCUUUCAGAUGACAAAAAUAAAUGAUUAUAAUUAGAUGGAGAUAAAAGCUAAAAUAAAGAUAAACUUUAAAAAGUAGUAUUUUGUGAAACUAUGUGGAUUAUUUUAUAAUUAUUGAGAAAUUUGACAUUCCACAAAUAUAUAAUUAGCUUCACAGGGCCAUUGAGGGUGUUUGUCAGUGAUCAUAAAGUUAGGAUGUCAUUAAAAACUCAGUUACACCCCAUUCAACAACACGUAACUCAGUUACACCCCAUUCAACAACACGUAAUGCUGCUCCUAGCAUUACAUUGCGAUGGGACAGCCAUUGAGAUCACCACUGACUUUGGCACAUUGUAAAAUCCAGCCCACAGAAUCAUUGACUUCUGGCUUUCCACGUUUUGCUGCGCAUGUGUGGGCUCCAGAAAUUGUUGUCAGUUUCGGUGGAGUAAUGAUGAUGAAAGCUGAAAGUUUCAGCAUCAUUACCACUGCAAAAUCUGGCCCCUGCUGUUCAUGAUUUCUGAUAAAUUCUUUUUGUUUGUAGCUCUCAGAUGAACCAUAACAAAUCAUCCCUAAAGAAUAUGCUUUAUUUCCUAUUGCUUUCAAUUGCAGCUUUCUCAUAAUAGUAUUUUUACUUUGUUAAAGCAAUUUGAUAAAAUGUAGCAAGUGUAACAGAGUGGGCAAGACAAUAUAUCUUCUAUUGACUAAACAAAGUGGGAAAACUGGUAUCAUCAGAAGAACAAAUUAAGUAUUUUGGAAACCUAUUAAACAUGAAUAAAAUGCAUAUUAACCAGUAAUGUGUACAACAAGACUGAUUGUAACAUUUUUGGCAAUGAAAGACAGCAGUUACACAAUUACAGUUUCUACUGCAAAUGGGUAGAUUUGAGGAAUGAUAAUGUCACAAGACAUUGCCAGCAAUUUAUUUAAAUCAAGAUUAUAUGUGUGGAGAUCCAUUUCAGUGUACUUCGUAUUUAAAUUACAAUGUCAUGUGAUUCUGACACAUAUAAAAUGGGAUUUUCAUGUGA